ACGACAAAAAGGGAAAAAGAGCCGACGAGCUCGUUUCUCCUCCCACCGCACGGCCGCGCGGCGCCUCUCUUUUGUCGCCGGCGAUGGAUGAGGUGGGUGUGGAGGUGCCUCUCCCAACGGGAAAGCUCUCCGUUGACACGAACAGGGAUGGAGGUGGUUGGGGUGGUGUCGUGCUCGUGGCCACCGGGAGUUUCAAUCCUCCCACCUACAUGCACCUGCGCAUGUUUGAGCUGGCAAAGGAUGAGCUUCAGCAGCGAGGGUAUCGUGUGUUGGGUGGCUACAUGUCUCCGGUGAAUGAUGCGUAUAAGAAGAAGGACCUCUUACCGGCUGCUCACCGCAUUCACUUUUGUGAACUUGCAUGCAAAAGCUCAUCUUUUGUGAUGGUUGAUUCAUGGGAGGCAAUGCAGAAAUGUUAUCAACGCACUUUGACCGUUCUUUCGAGAAUUCGAAACUCUUUGCACAAGGAUGGUUUAGCUGACCAAGGCAGCCUGAAGGUAAUGCUUUUAUGCGGUUCUGACCUGCUUGAGUCAUUCAGUACUCCAGGAGUUUGGAUCCCAGAUCAGGUCAGAACCAUAUGCAAGGACUUUGGUGUCAUAUGUAUACGCAGAGAAGGGAAAGAUGUUGGAAAAUUGAUAGCCAACAGUGAAGUACUGCAAGAAUGCAGGGAUAACAUCAUCUUGGUUGAAGAGAUUGUGCCAAAUCAGAUCAGUUCAUCCAGAGUAAGAGACUGCAUAAGAAGAUGUCUGUCAAUAAAGUAUCUUACUUGUGAUGAAGUCAUUGAAUACAUUAGAGAACACAAGCUUUUCAUGGAAGCUGAAGGCAGUGAUACAAGAUUGUGACAAUGGUGGUAUUUGGAGAUUUUCAAUAUUAUGCAGUUAAAUGCUUUUGCCAUGAUCAAAUGUAUGGGCUAUGGACGUCUAUCUUGGGAUAACAUCUGGAUCGUGCAUGAUGAGCGGCAAUUGUUCGACACAAAGUCCAUGAAAUAAAAGGGGCUGACAAUUAAAAUAAUAUUUUGACCAAAUGCGACUGGAAAUUUUAGAGAGUACACUUCUCAUCUGUUGUAUAUAUGGUUCGAACAAUAUUAAAAUCAUCCUUGUAUCUUCGUUAAUUUGGUGUCAAGCGGAAAAUAUUGCUGAAGCAACUGCUACAUAUGAAAUUCUCACUCGCAACAAUAUGAUGCUCAGUUUUACU